UUGGCCUCGCACCCGUCAGGGGCAACGCUCGGGGGGAAUGAGCUCAGGCCGGCCUCCCCCUUCCAUUGCCCGUCAGCACCCCCAGCCAUGUGGAUGCUAGUGAAGCCCCCUUGGCCGCUUCGGGGGCACCUCUGGUCGAUCCUGGACGGGACGGCGAGCGGGACCGCGAAGCAGAUCAAGGACCCACGCAGAGAGUGCCACGCGCCCGUCAAGAGCUACGUCCAGGACGUGCACGCGUCGAGGUCAGGGCCGACCACCGAGGCGCAGAUUGGGGCAGCACGCCGACCCGCGAGCAGGCUUGCCCGAGGGAGCGCCGAGAAGCCUGCGCCCGCGGGAGCACGCCGCUGGGGGCGGUCCUCGACCUCCAGCGGGCCAGCUCCUCGCGCUGGGUGCCUGCCGAGGGCAGGGGGGCCGCGGCCGCACCGCAGGGCCUCAGAGCUCAGGCUGCCUCUGCCGGAGCACGCCACUGGUGGCGACUACAGUCGUCUGGCGGGACGGCCCCUCGCCGAGUGCCCGCCAAGGGUCGAGGUCACCACCCACAAAUCAAGAGGGCUCGGUCAGGUUAGGUGGGGAUGCGGUCUGGGCGCAAUUCGAGUCAUCAUUGGCCCUGUACCUAUAUUGCUGUGCAAUAUUCGGAACUACACAGACACGCAAGGUCCCGACACACAUCAACCGGUGCAAGCGCGGCGGUGUUUUCAGCCUUUUUUUUGCGCUGAUGUACAAAGAAGAAUUCGGUCGCUGCGUGCCAAGGAGCAACCGAUAGUCGACAGUCGGCUGGCUCUUAUGGCACGGCCGCCAUUGACUACCGCCGGGGGCAGUGGGGUUGUUCACAUCGGCAGAUACCGAGCUUCUUCGGUCUCCCCCCGUGGCUUUUUGCUUUUGCCAGUACGACGCCGGCCUUUGCAGUCCCGGGCCAUGCUGGUUCGGGCGUGCAUGUGUCGUAACGCCGCUCUCCCCUCUCUUCUUCCUCGCCUUCUCGGGAUGAUGCCCAGGUGGAGGGCAUUCAAGUCCGUUACUCUUUCCAGUCUCAUCGUGCGUCGCCCUGGUCAGUAUGAAGGGCUCUCAAUGCUCCAGCUGGUCCGACAUGUGUGGAGCACAGUCAGUCAGUUAUAAUGUAUGUUGUUCGAGGUAGCACGCUGCUUGCCUCCUCCUUGGAUAGGAGCAGCUCAGUGCGCAUGCAAAAAGAAAACCUCAUGGAGAAGAG